AUUUGGAUGCAUGUAAACAAAUUAUGUUUGUUGGCAUCGAACAUUUCAAUUUCACCAUAUCGUUUGGGGAUAUACUAUGGGGUCAAAAUAAUAUCGUCCGUUUGCGGGAUGUGCUUAUUGUACGAUACAAAGUGACACAUUUACCUGUGACGAAUAUCUUCGUUGUUGAUCUUAGCGCCCACAUAUGCAUGAAAAACAAAAAUUGUGAACACAAUGUUACAAUUCUGGAAGAUACAGAACUGCCAAUUUUACCUUGCACAUGGAACGAAGACUUUGCCAAUCAGACAUUUUCUUAUCAAACUUGGCUGGACUCUAAUGGAUACAGAAACACAACAUUGAAUGACGGAAUAAGGAAAGAAAUAUUUGACAGUCAAGGAAUCGGAAGAUAUAUAAACCAGAACAAAUGUUAUCGUUCCAUCUACCCCUAUGCAAACUCAGAACACGGCUGGACAACAGACUGUCAAUCUUACGUUGAACUACCAAAACUAAAUAGUAGUGUGACCUGCUUCCUGUCUGACAGCUGUACCGCCGUGAAAUGUUGUUUAGAUAUUGAAAUUCUCCAAUCAAGCAUCGAAUUUGAAUUGAAUAUUGACGCUUGCGAGCAGGAAAUCCACGUCGGUAUUGAAUCAUUACGAACAAUCAAGUUUAUGCAAACUUAUGAAUACGGUGCCUCGGAAGCGUUUUACCUUGGAGGAGUUUUGAAGAUGGAUUACAUAAUUGAAAACUUUGAUCGUGGAAGAAAAUAUUCUAUCAGUUUAAAUAUCAGCGUAUGUCUUGAGUUUGAUGAGCCUUGCUUAACUGAAGUUGUCCUUCAAAGUCACCUGUUUCCUAGAGCUGACUGCAAUUGGCGAAACGGAUUCAACGUAGAAGGUUUUUCUUUAUACGAUUGGAAGAGUUCACAAAAUAUUCACGAGCACGAGUCCCUAACACCAACACAAGCCGACAUUUUAAUGGAUCAUUUGGGUUUAGCGCAAUAUCUAAACGAUCCACAGUGCAUAACACAUGAUCAGUGGGAUAACGAGUGCCCAUUUAACGUCCACAUCGGUUCUUCAUUAUCCAACGUGUUUUGCAGUAUUGACUCUACAUGUCUCAAAAUUGAUUGUUGCCUAGCGAUAAAAGAAAUAGGGCGAAACUUUAGUGUCUUUGUACAUAUUGAUGACUGUGAACAGAAGAUAACAUACGGUAUCGAAGGAAUUGAAGUUUCAAAAACCUUUGGAGGUUUUCAAUUUGACCGGACGAAUCAUUUCGAUCUGGAUGGGGUACUUGACGUUAGGCUAUUGGUGUCCAAUCUUUUACAUGAACGCAAGUUCCUCUUAUCGUUGUUUGUGGAUGAGUAUCACAACGAUACAGAUAUGCCAACACGGGAGUAUGGUUUGAUUCAAAAUGUUUAUGUACCAGCUACAAUCUGCUUAUUCGAAACUGGGUUCAGAGAUAAAGAUUUUUCCCUGCCACUAUGGAUGUCAACAAACUUUCCAUCGCAUGUCGGUCAAGAAAAAGAUGAUUAUAUACUAGCAACGCUUUUAGAAGACAUUGGUAUUGCCGACUAUCUCCUUCCUCAAAGGUGUACGGUGGAAACUUCAAAUGCAAUAGAUACAUCUAUCUGUCCAAUUGAACAACGGCUUCAGUCAAUUUCAACCAGUGUUUCAUGUGCCCUCAACGCGAACUGCAUUGGAAUUCACUGCUGUCUGACGUCAGCCGAGGUUCAUUUGACGUUCGAUUUUAGUGUUGACAUAGACAACUGCCGGGAGAAAAUGAUUGUCAAGAUUGAACGUGUAUCAUACACUGUUCUCUUUAAAGAUCUUCUUUGGGGGGAAACCAUGAACUUCGAUCUCGAUGGAAUAUUCAAAAUCAGUGUAUUGGCCGACAUGGUAUGGUCUGACAAAUUGUUCAAUUUGACAAUUUCCACGAGUGUAUGCACAGACGCCAAUGGAACAUGUACAGAAGACAACAUUCUGGUGAAUCAACUUUUACAAGCAACUCCAUGUAGCUGGAAAUCUUUGUCAGAAGUUGAAGGUUAG